AUGGAGAAGAGUGAUGUAGAUGAUGUUGUACUCGUUGGUGGUUCUUCUAGGAUUCCCAAAGUGCAGCAGCUAUUGCGAGACUUCUUCACGGGGAAGGAACUGUGCUUGAGCAUCAACCCUGACGAGGCUGUUGCUUAUGGAGCUUGCAAAGGAAGGGUUCUUGGUGAAUCUUGGAUGGUUCUUGGAGGUUAUAAGGUUGAAGCAGCUUUUACAAGUUAUAGUUCUAGGUUCCUGGUGAAUCUUGCUAUGUCUUAG